AUGAAUUCGUCCGGGCCACCGGAAGGGGAGGAGACUCACGAUCAGGUCGGGAAAGAGGAGCAGGAAGAGCCCGCAAAGGGUCCUCCGCUCGCCAACUAUGGGAGGAUCCUGUCCUACGGAGCUCGACGAGGUGGCAUCUUCGCCAUGGUAGCCGGUUUGAUAUGUGCCAUGGGCUCAGGCGUGGCUCUUCCCCUGAUGAACAUCGUGUUUGGCGAACUCGUGGGGGAUUUUAACGAGUACUUCGUCGAUGGCAAUCAAAUGAGCGAGGACAGUUUCAAGUCCACGGUCGACAAAAACAGUCUCUACAUCUUCUACCUGUUUAUCGGGAAAUUUGUCCUGACCUACAUAGCCAUGUUUUGUUUCCGGUUCAUUAGUCUCCAGGCCUCGGCCACCUUGCGCUUGGAGUAUACCACCUCCCUGUUCUCGCAGCCCUUGAGCGUUCUGGACGACAUCUCCUCCGGCACCGUCACGCACGCUAUCACCUCGCUGUCCAACCAGAUCCAGCAGAGCAUCUCGGACCGACUGGCCACGCUGUUCCAGGCAAUAGCCCUUCUCAUCGCGGCCUACGCCAUCGCCUUCCGCUAUUCCUGGGCCCUCACUCUCGUCGUCAGCUCAGCCAUUCUUUUCGUCAUCCUCGGUUUCAGCAUAACCGUCCCCUUCAUCAUCAAGGCGCAGGCUCAUGUGGAUCAAGCCGAAGCAAAGCAUGCCUCCAUCGCGGCCGACGUGAUGAGCUCCAUUCGGACCGUGCUAUCCCUCAGUGCCGAAAAACCGCUGGCUAAGAAAUAUUCUUCCUGGAUUGCUGAGGCGCGGAAACGGGGGACCCGUCUGACUUUGGUCACUGGCAUUCACCUGGGGCUGCUGAUGCUUGCCCUGUAUUCCAGUUACGCUCUUGCCUUCUGGUUCGGCCUGAAGCUGUUUCGCGAAGGCCACAUUGACAACAUCAACACGGUGAUCACGGUUUUCUUCUCGGUUCUGAUCGUCGUCUCGAUUAUCGGGAACAUCGCAAGCCCGAUCAUGGUGAUCGGAAAAGCGACAAGUGCCUCCGGUCCUUUCUUCGACAUGAUCAACGCCCAACAGCCGUCGACCGAAGGACGGCGAGACCCAGAUGUCUCCAGUCACGCAGAUAUCGUCUUUCGGGAUGUCACCUUCGCCUACCCAUCGCGCCCCGGAGUCCAGGUUCUCAAAGACUUCUCUGCUCGCUUUGAACGUGGCAAAACCACGGCCUUGGUUGGUCCCUCGGGGUCGGGAAAAAGUACCGUGGUCGGCUUGAUCGAGAGAUGGUAUCAAGUCCAGACAUCGACCGGUGGUGACGAGGUAGAUGGCAGUCGCGGCGAGAUCGAGGUGGACGGCCACAACGUGAACGAUCUGGACCUCCGCUGGUGGAGAAGGCAGAUUGGACUGGUCCAGCAGGAGCCCUUCCUUUUCAACGACACCGUCUUCAACAACGUCGCGUUUGGAUUGAUUGGGUCUCGAUGGGAGAAUGCCGAGGAGGACGUGAAGAAGGAGCUGAUCACCCAGGCCUGUGUCGAAGUGUUCGCGGACGAAUUCAUCCAGCGAUUGCCUUUGGGAUACGAAACACUGGUCGGCGAGGGGGGAAUCACCUUGAGUGGUGGACAGCGCCAACGUCUUGCCAUCGCCCGCAGUAUCGUUAGCCAACCGCCUAUCCUGAUCCUCGACGAAGCGACUAGCUCGAUUGAUGUUCGCGGGGAGAAGAUAGUGCAAGCUGCUCUGGACCGCGUCUCGAAAGAUCGUACCACGAUCAUGAUCGCCCAUCGUUUGUCGACCGUGAAACGUGCGGAUCGAAUCAUUGUUAUGAAGGACGGGACAAAGAUGGAGGAAGGGUCCCAUCCGGAACUGCUGGCCCAAGACGGAAUCUAUCGUAGCUUGGUUCACGCACAGCAGCUGGGCAUGCUGACACUCGACUCCGACGAGCAAGACGAUUUGCCUGCGACCAUGACCCCCGAUCUCAAACCGGCUGCUUCGGUCGUUCCGGAUACGAAGGAAGAGGCAGAGGAACAGUCCCCGGAGAAGCGGAAGAAGAUGCCAGGUCUGAGGAGCUUUCUGGCAGUUGGAUCAGAGCAGCGAGCCUAUUGGCCGCUCUAUAUUCUGGUUUUAGUUGCAGCAAUGGCAGCAGGAUCCGGCUUCGCACUCCAAAGCUGGCUUUUCGCACGCCUUGUCGAGGUCUUUCAAUUCACAGGAAAGAAGCUGGUCGAUGCCGCGAACUUCUGGGCUCUGAUGUUCUUCAUCCUGGCCCUGGCCAUGUCGGGGUUCUAUUUUCUUCUUGGAGUCGGCGCCAACUCCAUCUCCGUGAACAUCGCGUCUAUAUACCGCACGGAGUAUUUUGUCAGCAUGCUUGCCAAACCGGUUUCCUGGUAUGACAGCGACGAAAACGCGUCGGGAUCGUUGAUAUCUCGUCUGUCAACAGACCCCAAACAACUGCAGGAGCUGUUUGGCAUCAAUGGCAUCUUCCCGCUGGUUUCGAUCUUCAACGUCAUAGGGUGCAUAGCCAUCUCAUUCGCUUUCGGUCCUAAGUUGGCAGCCGUGGCAUUUUUCGCUGCUCUGCCCUUCUUGUUCCUGGCCGCGUAUUCACGCAUCCGCUACGAAAUGAAGUUCGAGGAGCUGAAUGCUGCGGUCUACGAGGAUAGCUCUCGUUUCGCCACCGAGGCCAUCCGUGCUUUCCGGACUGUCAGCGCGCUGACUAUGGAAGAAUCGAUCAUUAAGCGGUACUCUGGCAUGCUCAACCUGCAAAGACGGAAGGCGAUGCGAAAAGCGAUCUACUCCACCCUCGUCUUUUCGUUCUCCGACAGCGUGGAGCUGGCUGUCAUGGCAUUGACAUUCUGGUACGGAGGUCAGUUACUCGCGUCUCGGGAAUAUGACAUCGUCACCUUCUUUGUCGUGUAUAUUGCCAUUAUCCAGGGAGGCCAAACCGCCGGCCAAUUUUUCAGCUUUGGGCCCAACAUGGCGCAGGCCUCGGCCUCGGCGAACCGUAUUCUGGGCUGUCGCCCGCCGCUGCCUAGCGAAGGUCAACUCUCUAAGGAGCCAUUGUCAUUGACUAACGGUGAGUUCCGCGCCGACAUCGAAUUCAAAAACGUGACUUUUCAAUAUCAAUCGCGGGUAACGCCCACCUUCAUGAAUCUUAGUCUGAGUAUUGGGUCUGGGCAGUUUGUGGCCUUUGUCGGGCCCUCCGGCUGCGGAAAGUCCACCAUGAUCUCCUUACUCGAACGAUUCUACGAUGCUACCCGCGGAACCGUCGAAUUCGGUGGGCGAGAUGUUUGCUCUAUUGAGCUUUCCUCGUAUCGAAAGUCCCUCUCCUUGGUCAGUCAGGAGCCGAAACUCUUCGACGGCUCAAUCCGUGACAACCUCAUCCUUGGGCUGGACCACCCGGAAGAGACGAUCGAGGCCGAUAUGAUCCAGGCCUGUCGAGACGCGGAGAUCCACGAUUUCAUUACCUCCCUGCCGGAAGGAUAUUCUACCGAACUCGGCGUCAAUGCCCAAACGGCCCUCAGUGGUGGACAGAAACAACGAUUGUGCAUUGCUCGUGCCCUGAUGCGCAAGCCUCUGCUCCUUCUGCUCGACGAAGCCACCUCCAGUCUUGAUUCACAGUCUGAACGCUUAGUACAAGACGCGAUGGAGCGCUUGGCCGGUAAACGCAGUAUGACGAUCAUUGCUGUAGCCCACCGGCUGGCAACGAUCCAGAAGGCGGAUGUGAUCUUCGUCUUUGGCGAGGAAGAGAACGGAAAGGGAUCGCGCAUUGUGGAAAGAGGAUCUCAUGCUGAUCUGCUGCGUCGGAAGGGUGCAUAUUGGCAAAUGUGUCAAGCACAAGCGCUGGAUCAAUAG